AUGCAAGAUGAGGUUGGGUCAGAUGUGUAUCCUUCGCAAUAUUGCAAUCCUCCCCCUUCUCAAAGUGAUCAACAGCAGACAACUGAGAUGCGACCCUUGGGACAGACUGUCAGCUAUCCAAGCGAUACAACAAUAGUGGCUAGGGGCUUUUAUACACCUAUACCAGUGGUAGAAGGCAGUUAUGUGAGUGGCCAGAGACAUUUGAUAAGUCCUCCUUACCCAGCCAAUCCUUGGUCCAAUGUUGCUCUUCCUGCCACAGAUGCUGAUAUGAGAAGAAGCAGCCAUCCACCAACACCUCAAUUGCAAUCCCAUCCUUACUUGGGUAAUCACCAAUUAAUGUCAUCUUCAGCACCCAAACCCCAGCCAGCUCCAGAUUCUGUUUCACAGAUGUAUGUUCAGGAUGUAGCUUUGCCUUCUAGCAGAAACAGAAAUAAGAAAAGGACUGAUAUGGCACCGGAUUAUUCCAGUAAUAGUUCAAUGAAGUCUUCUCAUUAUAAUGAUAGACCAGGUAGGAAUGAUGCCGACACAAGCCAAACAGAAGCUGUGGCAGAUGUAUACCCUUCACAAUAUUGCAAUCCCCCUCCUUCGCAUAUUGAACAACAGACAAUAGAUAUGCGACCUUUGGGACAGACUGUUAGCUACCCAAGUGAUACAACAAUUGUGGCCAGGGGAUUUUAUACACCUUACAUGAAUGAAAACAGCACCCACACAGAAACCAAUAGUAGUAGCUCUUCUAACAAACACUUACAAUCAAGAAAUAUAUCUAUAAGUGGUAGUCAGACUUCUAUCAAUAGACCACUACCACCUGUGCCUCACUAG